AUGCCGCCGCCGCCGCCGCCGCUCCCCGCAGCGCCCGACCCGGCCCGGGAGAGCUCCCGCGACCCCUUCGGGAGCUCCGGGGAGUCCCGGGGGGAGUCCCGGGGAGGGUCCCGGGGGGGGUCCCGCGGUUCCCGGGGCUCCCCGGGUCGCCCCCAGCGCUACCGGCGCCACCCCAAGCCCCCGUACUCGUACCUGGCGCUGAUCGCCCUCGUCAUCCGCGCCGCCCCCGGCCGCCGCCUCAAGCUCGCCCAGAUCAUCCAGCAGCUGCGGAGUCUGUUCCCCUUUUUCGGGGGCGGGUACCAGGGCUGGAAGGAUUCCGUGCGCCACAACCUCUCCUCCAACCCCUGCUUCGCCAAGGUGCUGAAGGACCCCUCCAAGCCUCACUCCAAGGGCAAUUUCUGGACCGUGGACGUGUCGCGCAUCCCGCCGGCGGCGCUCAAGCUGCAGAACACGGCGGUGGCGCGGGGCGGCGGCGCUGCCACCCCCUUCGUCCCCGACCUGUCCCCGUUCGUCCUCUCGGGGUGUCCCUACCCCCCCUCCCCUCCGCCAGCCGCCCCCCCAAAUUCCAACUUCUCCAUCGAUUCCCUCCUCCGGGAGAGCUCCCCCAAAUUUUUGGGGGUUUCGCCCCAAAACUGGGGGUGUCCCCAACUCUGGGGACAGCUGCCCACCUCCUACAGCUCGGGGGUGGCGCCCAACGCGGUGGCACCGGGGGGGACCCCGAGUUUGGCCCUCGGCUGGGGCAGCGAACCCCAACAUUUGGGGGGGAAGAGUCCCAAUUCCCAGGAGGAAUUUGGGGGUUCUGCCCCUCCCCCGCCCAAUAAAAGCGUUUUCGACGUCUGGCUGAGCCACCCCGGGGACAUCGCCAUCAGGGGGUGA